AGCUCGUCGGUGCCAGGAUUCGGGAAGAGGGGAGACUCAGAUUCGCAAUAACACUCGGUUGUUCUGAAACUGUGCGCGACUGAAUGCGGAAUUGGAAAUUGGAAGCUGAGCGGGAUAAUUCCAAUCAACACGCGUAAUGUUAACAACCACAAUAUAUUUGAGAUACUAACACAAGAAAAGUACAAAUAAAGAAACGAGAAUAAUUAACAAAAAAGAAGAUGAGUCGAGAAUCUAAUUACUUAGCGGUCCGCAAGCUACAAAAUGUACGCGAAAAAAAGACAAGCGAUUUUUCGUAGUUUCGAUUCGCACUCUGUUCGCGCCGACAGACUAGACGGAAAGAGCGCCGCGGUCUUUCAAGGAGAGAUUUUUAUGGAGACAAAAUUCGAGAACGUUCGAGAAGUUUUUUAAUAUUUUAUAAACCGGUUAAGGACGAUAAAAACAUGCAGAUGUAAUUAUUUAUUAGCGCAACAGUUAAUGUUUGUUAUUAAUACAUCGAUUUUUUUCUCUUCUCGCGCAACCGCGGUGUGUAUUGUUUGUCUUUUAAAGCAAGAUAGAGCGAGCGCUUAUUUACGAAGACGCAGGGUAAACGUAUAUCCCUGCGGCUGAGCGCUAAUUUCUUAGCGUAGAAUUAGAUUUUUGUAUAAUGAUUGCAUGAUGCAUGAUAAGGGUGCAUGCGGCUUAUUAAUGCUUUUGUUUUUCAGCAGGAUUCUCGAUUUGAGAGUUCGAUCUCAAACAUUCCGCCCGCCCACAAUAUUCGAUAUAGAGCCUAAAAAAACAAAAAGGCCAAAAAGGAAAAAGAAAAAAAACUGCGGAAGAUGGUCGGCACUUCUCCACAAUGAUAAAUUGGAACGAAAUUCAAACUGGCGCACUCAAUUAAGGCGCAGCGAUACAGUAGUCGGUAGUCUAUUUUCCCUAUGGCUCACAAAUUCUAGAAACGUCGAUAGCGGUAAUUAUUACUCACAGGCGAAAUUUUCCAACCCAGAUGGUUUCCCCACAAUCUUCAAAUCAAUCUCUUACGGUCUCACUUUAUCACCACACGAUAAAUUUCCCCACUAACUAACGACUAAUAAACGAAAAGAACAGAAAAAGAACAAAAAAAGCGAAAGAAAAAAAAUCUUUUAAAGAGGCAAAAAAAACACAUAAAAUAUUCACUCACAAAACGUUGAUUUCGGUAGACAAAUUCAUAAAAAAAAUUCAGGUAUAAUACUCUCUCUCUCUUCCUAAUAUUCUCUUGGCGUGACCCCACGUUGGGCGCCAAAAAUUUGCAACGUCUUUUCCUGCUCCGAAACGCCAAAUUCGGAUAGGGGAGCAUUCAAUUUGAAUAUUUUGAUCGUUAGCGUCAAAAAUCGGUAACAUAAGAGUUUAACUACUCGUAUUUAGGUACUUUCGGUAACUCACAAUAAAGUUGGGCGCCAGGCGCAGUUACAUGCGCCACGGUAGCAAUAAAAACGGGACCUAAGAUAUCCCUUCAAAAUUCGGCAGUAAAUUGUGGGUCUAGAUUGUUCUUAUUCUAUGGUUGAGAGAGAGGUAUACAGAAAGACUUACACAGGUUGACAUGAAUAGACAGAUAUAUUUCAGACACUUAGGACUAACAAUUGUACAUGGAAUAAAUAUAAAUUUACAAUAUAAUUAUAUGAUGAACAUUAAGAUUUAGGUUAGAGAUAUGGAUAAAUAUAAUACACAGAGGCGAAGAUUUCGGUACGACGGGAUUGAUCACCCGGAUCGACUAAUCGAAUUUUCAUUAAUUAUAACGAUACUUAACAAUCUCUAAUAAUCUCGCGACAGCAUUACAACAACGAGAUAUACAAAAAAGCUCGGUAAACGGUUCGGCUGUUUAAACUUAGUAUCUCGGGUACGCGAUAUACACAAAGGUCACAUCAACACGAGUCGAGACACGGCGCGAUACGAAAAAACGGUUAACAAUAAGGCGACAGCAAUUUCGUGACUCUCUCGCACGACUCUCUCGCCGAGUCAAAAAUCGAAAUAAUUAUCACACUCGCGAAGAACGGUUGCACGCAAAUUCCGUAAAUUUAAUGACUGAAUCAUUAACAAAGAAAGUCUCAUGCACGGCGACCAUGACAUAGAACGGUACUUGAAAUAUACCGACAAACAAGAAUGGAAGAUUCUCGCUCUCGGAACGAUUGACUGUCGGCGGCACUUCUCGGAGAGGGCUCGGCUCGCGAAACUCGAAGUCGGCCCCGCGGUAACAAUACUCAGAGAAAGAGACCGCUCUCUCUAGUACAAGACGACACGAUAACGAGACAAUACGGUACUCACGGUAAUUACUCUACUUUCUCGCCACCCACGGCACCAACCAACACUCACGUACGGCUACCCGAGAGGCGGCUUACAAUAAACGGCGAUAAAGUCCGACGUCCUUACGUUGUAUAGGCCAGGAUCUGGAGGCAUCCUCACACGUGUAUGGCUCACUGAACAGUGAAAAGCCAGGCCUCGCGCUCCUUGGUACCUCAAGCGCCGCGUUGAUCUCCCGCGCAUUCCAUCGAUGAUAGGGUCGAUGGCGAGAGUCCUAGGGUCUCCUGGACUCUUCCCUUGGGGUGCGUUCAGAUCUCUCACCCAGCGAGUGUGGGUAGGGUGGACUGGGAGUGGGCGGAGUUACUGUGAGGUGAUUUCGGUGGAGUGAAGAAUCUGAACGCACCUAUGCAUUCUGGAGACUGUGUAAAGGUGCCAUUAACAAAGAAAACGUCCAUCUACAAUCACCUAACCUUAAAGAUGGAUCAUCGAGUAAUUAUAGCAUCAGUUGUGACUAUAAGUAAAAAUUUUUUACAAGAAGUAAUGGAAAGUGAUAGUGACAGUAGUGGCAGUGAUACCUCUGAUGAGGAGUUGGAUAUGCGAAUACAUAUGCAAUUGCGAGGACCUCAAUGCAAACCUGUAAGAAUUGAAGGUUAUAUAGAACAUACAAUCCCACAACUUCAUCGUGAGCAGUUCAGGCAGCAUUUUCGCAUGACUCCAACAACGUACAAUCAACUCGAACAGAGAUUGGCACCAAUUUCGCAAGGAGAUGUUGGUAUGAAAUCUCACAUACCAGUCAGGAAGCAAUUACUUGCAACUCUAUGGUUAUUGGCUACACCAGAUUCCUACAGGUCUGUAGGGGAAAGAUUUGACAUGAGCAAAAGCUCACUGAAUGUCAGUUUCAUGAGGGUUGUACAAGCCUUGAAUGACAUCGCUAGAGAUGUCAUACAAUGGCCAAGAGAAGACAGAUUAGCAACAGUAAAACAAAAAUUUCAAAGGUUGUCAGUGCUACCUGACAUUAUUGGAGCUGUGGAUGGUACUCAUAUUUCUAUAAAAAAGCCGUAUAAAGAUUCUCUGUCCUAUAAGACAUAUAAGAAAAAAUAUGCUGUUAUACUUCAAGCUAUAUGUGACUCUGAGUUAGUUUUUCUGGAUUGCUUUGCUGGUUACCCAGGAUCUGUAGGUGAUAUAAGAGUAUUUAGAAAUUCUGAUCUUUGGUCAGAAGUCCAGAGGGAUAGACAAUCAUAUUUCCCUAACGAGGAAUACAUCAUUGGUGAUAAAGCUUAUCCUAUUUUACGUUGGUGUAUUUCUGCUUUUCGUGAUCGUGGUAAUCUUACAGCGGCUCAGAAAAGAUUCAACAACAUACUGUCUACAGUUAGACAAGUCAUUGAAAGAACAUUUGCAUUGCUGAAAGGAAGAUUUCGAAGGCUGAAAUAUCUAGACAUGAAUAGAAUGGACAUGAUCCCCUUUGUGAUAAUUGCUUGCACAGUUCUUCACAACAUCUGUCUUGAAAGAUUUGAUGAAAACAUAGAAGAAUAUAUCUUAGAAGGUUGGGAAAAUGAAAACAUUGAAGAAGGCAGGGAGAAUGAAGUUUGUGUUCAAGAUCCAGUGGCAGAUGAAGAUGCUGGUUUAGCAAAAAGAAAUUAUCUAGUAACCUUAGUUUGAUAGUUAUAUAUUAUACACUAGCGGUCAUAAGUAUAACACUUCUAAUUAUAUAUUUUGU